UGGUUCUCCAGGUGGAGAGACCGGGGUGAACACAGUGAGUGGCACAAUUUGCAUGUACAUCGGAAUAUUGACAGUAGGGUGGUAUCGCGAUAUAAAGGCUAAAGAGAGCUGAGAUGGAACCAGAGCUAACAGACCGUUACGACCACGCUCUGCUGGGAAUUCUGCAACAUGUCGGAAACAUCCAAGACUUUUUAAAUGUUUACUUUGGCUUUUUGUACCGCAAGACAGACUUCUACAGACUGCUUUUGAGUCCACAGGAUCGCCUGGGAUUCCCACCAGGUGUUGCACAGAAUAUGGUGCUGAAGACCUUCAAAACAUUUGAGCGACUGGCCAUACAAGACCAUGAGCAGAGAGUGCGUGAGUUGCAGGACAGACUGAAGAAGAAAGAGGAGGCAGAGGCAGAGAUUGAGCAGGCGCCAGCACCAGUGGAAGAAGUCACUGUUGAGGCACCACAGGAAGAAGGAACGAUGGAGCAGGAGAAGACAACUGCUGAAGCAGCACUAGAGAAAACUGAAGGGAAAGCAGAGGGAACAGACGCUAAUGUGAACAGCACAGAGGCAGCAGCUUCAACUGACAAUGUCCAUGAGGAUUUUCAGACAAACCCAGACAGUUAUAAUGGAGCUGUGAGAAAGAAUUACUUGUGGUCUCAGGAUUAUACAGACAUAGAAAUAAAAGUCCCAGUGCCUAAAGAUGUGAUUAAAGGAAGACAGGUGUCCGUGGACCUCCGCAGUACGUCUAUCUGUGUGAAGGUGAGGGAUAAGGAUGGGGAACACACUCUGAUGGAUGGAAACUUCACCCACAAAAUAAACGCAGAGACCUCCCUUUGGAGCCUGGAGCCCGGGAACUGUAUACUGAUUAGCCUGAGCAAGUGCGGGGAGUACUGGUGGAACGCCGUCUUGGAGGGGGAGGAGAAAAUAGACAUCGACAAGAUCAAUAAGGAACGGAGCAUGGCAACCGUGGACGACGAGGAGCACGCCGUUUUGGAUCGGCUCACGUUUGAUUACCACCAGAAGCUACAAGGGAAGCCCCAGAGCCACGAAAUGAAAGUCCAUGACAUGCUGAAGAAGGGAUGGGAUGCAGAAGGGUCGCCAUUCAGAGGGCAAACGUUUGACCCCUCCAUGUUCAAUAUAUCCCCAGGAGCGGUGCAGUUCUAAGACGUUGCACCUAAAUGGGAUCAAGUACUGGAGCUCAUGGGUCCUUCUUUUGGACAAAGUUUACAGGGUUCACGUUUGUUUUGUUACAAAAACACCAGUUUAUUUUAACCUGUUUAAAAAUCCAUUGGAAGAGAUUCCAGCUUGUGAUUUGGAAGGAAUCACUUUAUGAUAUCAGAAAUUUGCACAGGAAAAACAGCCCCCACAGUCUUUGAGUUGCCCAAAAUAGAUCCGAUUAGGACAGGGAGGGUGAUGUGGUAGCUUGCAAACUCUUUCAGAUAUUGGGCUUUUCCAGUAUCAAUAUGUGCUAAUUCAUUGAGGGUUUUUCCCCCCAGGAAAUCUGUUUGGUUGUUUUUUCUGUUUACCUCUUUUACUCUCCAUGUUAUGUUUGUGCUCCUUAUGACUUAUAUAUACAUACAUACAUAUCAUUUAUAAGUAGCUGGGAACCCUCCAGUUCUUGUAGUUCAAUAACAGCUGACAGACCUCGGACUGCUCUACUUUUCUAAUAAAAUUGCGCUGUCGCUUCCCGAGCAGGUGGGAAACCCACUGGAUCAACCUUUAUCUUGGGUUUAAAUGGUUUACAGAUUGUGUUCCCAAUAAUACAGGAAUAAAGAUAAGUGUACUAUUGACAA